AUGGCCGAAAAUGACGAGACGCCCCAAGCCCAAUUCAAGUACCGCAAUAAUGUACGACCCUCGGCCAACAAGGCGUCACCUCAAGACUUUUGCCAUGAAAUGGGUGGUCUCGAACAAGGUUCCACCCAGGCUGCCAAGAAGAGGAACACGAUCACCGCGCUGAACCUAGAAACUCUCUACGAGGAAAGGCGCGGUGUCCCCCAGGAUUAUGCAAAAGUCCUGCUGCAGUACACGAAGGCGAGCAGGAAGGGAUCAGAAGAUGCGUAUUAUGCGAUUGCGGUGUUUUACGAUAUUGGCUUGGGUGUUGGUAGGAAUGGUUGGUCUGCGAUGGAGUAUUAUUGA